UAUGAAUGAUGAUUUCGAUAAUGUGGCAUUCAUCCCAAAUUAGAUUGCAGAAAAAGCAUUUUAAAAAGGCGUGACUGAAGGAAAAGCCAAAGUUGAUGCUAACAUUUAUAAUGAUUCUUAUAUUAAAGGAUGGAAUCAAGGAGCAAUAGUAGGCAUGAUUGAAUCUCAAAUAUCCAUUUUGAAAAUUAUUGAUCCUACUCUUUCAAUUCAAAAAUAUGAAGAACAAUUAAAAAAAUUAGAAUCUAUAGAGGAUCUAAUCAAAUUAAGGAAAACCCUAACUAUGUUAUAUCCAUUAAAAGGACUUAUAUAAUUGAAAAAACAAAGUUUGGAUUUCUGAUAUUUUAUAAUCA